GCGCUGCACUGUGAGGACCUCUGGGUGGUACUUUGGGGAGUAGGCCAGGGGUCUGUAGGAAGUGUGUUCAGACUGAAAAACUGAAAAGUACAAAGCGACCGGGUGUCAUACCUUUAACAUGACACAAGCAGCUGACUGAAAUCCUGAUGAACAGGGCCUGAACAGAGGCCUGACUCCUGGUACAGGUUUAAACACAUCUCCAGAUCUCCACAGACACUGAGGCAACGCCGUUUGUAAACUUGGAAAUGUUCCCGUAGCUGGCAGCUGACAUCAGUUUGUUUUGUGCUCAGAUAUCUGGCUGGUCUUGGUACACUAUGACGUGAAUGAAAACUGGGACAGAUCAGGCAGGAGGCGGGGCAAAAACCAACGUCAUCAGCCUUCUCAUUCACAAUGAAACCGCACUGCGUGCUGUAUAAAAAGCGCAGAACGAGGGAGGCAGGCAGGAUACGACGAGCGAGAAGCAAAGAAACGGAUUUAUCGUCACAGAACAACAAGAAGAACAUUUUUUAAAAGUAUUUAUUUAUUUAUUUUAAAUUCUUAAAACAACCAUACUUUAGACCUGCUUUUUAAAGGUCGAACAAAGAAGAAAGGUUCAAACUACUCGCUUUUCGCGUUUUUUUUUGUCGUUUAGAAAGUGUACUAGUAUGGUCAUAAUGGAAGUGCCCAGCAUCGACUGCAACGCUUUCCGAAGCCUGCUGGAGGGGGACGGUCCGGGCUGCCUGGUGCUGGACUGCCGGUCAUUCUUCGCCUUCAAUACCGCUCACAUCCCGGGCUCCGCUAACGUGCGGUUCAGCACCAUCGUGCGGCGGAGAGCCAGAGGGGGGCUCGGGUUGGAGCACAUUGUUCCCAACGAAGAGACCCGCAGCCGGCUCCUGGCGGGCGAGUACCAGGCGGUGGUGUUCCUGGACGAAAGAAGUUUGGAUUUUGAUCAGGUGAAGAAGGAGAGCACCCUGCUACUGGCUGUCUGUGCCCUGUGCCGGUACCCCUGCGGGACGAGGGUGUUUCUGCUCCGAGGUGGAUUUGAGAUGUUUUCCUCUGAGUUUCCCGAGUUAUGUACCAAGCCUUCCCCUCCUCAAGGUCUGUGCCUGCCGCUAAGCGCCAGCUCCCAGCCCGGCAGCGCCGAGUCCGGCUGUACCUCCUGCGGGACACCGCUCUAUGAUCAGGGUGGCCCGGUGGAAAUCCUUCCCUUCCUUUAUCUGGGCAGUGCCUACCACGCCUCCAGAAAGGACAUGCUGGACGCUCUGGGGAUCACCUCCCUCAUCAACGUCUCCGCCAACUGCCCCAACCACUUCGAAAGCCAUUACCAGUACAAGAGCAUCCCAGUGGAGGACAACCACAAGGCAGACAUCAGCUCCUGGUUCAACGAAGCCAUCGAGUUUAUCGACUCUGUGAAGAACCAAGGAGGUUGUGUCUUUGUGCACUGCCAGGCUGGCAUCUCCCGCUCUGCUACCAUCUGCCUGGCGUACCUCAUGAGGACUAGGCGGGUGAAGCUGGACGAGGCCUUUGAGUUUGUCAAGCAGCGACGCAGCAUCAUCUCCCCCAACUUCAGCUUUAUGGGCCAGCUGCUGCAGUUCGAGUCCCAGAUCCUGGCGCCCUCCUCCUGCUCUGCCGAGGUGAGCAGUCCUGCCAGGGGGAAGACGGGCACGGUGUUCAACUUCCCAGUCCACCGAGCCGCCAGCCCGCUCUCCUUCCUGCACAGCCCCAUCGCCACCUCCCCCAGCUGCUGAGUCAGACUGGUGGCUUACUGUACUUAUAAAGACUUCUAACUGGGCGAUGUGAUCGCGUGGCUCCGGAAGAGAGUCCAGUGUUGGAUCUAGCAGACCCUCUCCUGUGAGUCUGUGGUUUGAGAAACCCGCCCACCCCCCGCCUCCAGUGGAUCGCUCAUCUAGGGAGACGGGUUUGAAUACGGCUGGAGCGAAAGACCAAAAGUGGUUCCGCUAAGACAAAUGCAGAAAGGGACAGUGGGUUGAGAGCCAAGAACUGUGGGUUAAGAAAGCUCUCUGAAUUCACACACCCCCUGUCCUCUGUUCUGUAUCGUAAAGCACUAAAACUGUUUCGAAGGACAGAAAAAAAAGACUGACACCCCACCCUCCCCAACUUCCUACCAAAGAAGUGCAAUAACCUGAAAUGACAGUAUUGUGUCUAUCCACCCUAUAGAGAGAAACAAUCGGACAUUCUGGAAAGGCGCCUAAGAGAGCUGAUGUACUGAUGUAAGCGACCCCAAGGAACUUUUGUCUUUUAGAAGAAGCCACCUGUGAAUCCAGAUCUCGGAUCAAUCCCAGUAUCUGAAUAUUGUUAUUAUUAUUAUUUGUUUAUUUAGCAGACGCCUUUAUCCAAGGCGACUUACAAAGACUAGGGUGUGUGAACUAUGCAUCAGCUGCAGAGUCACUUACAAUUACGUCUCACCUGAAUGAUAAUCGCUGCUCUUUUGUUAACAAGCACAAGCAGUCCCCUUGGCCUAGAUCGUAGUCUCAGAAUCUUUGUGUUUUUAUUGAAUUUUUUUGUUAUCCGGUAGCUUUAUUGUCGCAAACCAGGUUUUAACCCAUUAAUUGUAAUUCCAAGUGACCUGUAUGUAGGCAGAUCUGGGUUCAAAUGUAAUACAUACUGCUGUCCUUUUCCAAGUGGUCAUCCCACAUUUCCGAUGUGCUUUGUAUUAUUAUUCAAAGGGACGGUGUCUGCUUGUGAAUCGUUCACUUCUAACGGUUCACGUGACUGUAACCUGCAGCUCCUGCUCUUACCCUGACCUGAAGAAUGUAUUUUAAAUCUCUCGCCACACGCCUCUCUGUGAAUGCUCUGAUCACGGGGCCAGCAAGCCCUGCUGAGACCGUCCCAUUUAAAUGAAAUAAAAUGUAAUACAGCGAGUUGCCUUCAAAGCAACUCUCACCUUUCCAAUAUUUGUGUCUGCAGGAAAAAUGAAAAUACCUCAGUUACCCGGUACUGUGUUACAGCUCUCUGAACGACCCCCCCAAAAGCACUACAACGGGGGGGAUUCUGAACGGGCUGCUGAUGUGAUUAUUUAUUUAUGAACCAAAGUAAUAUAUAUAUAUAUACACGUGUGUGUUUAUUUUGUAUACAUGUUGUUUUGAUAUGUUAAAUUGAUACCUUUUUUUAUGAAAACGAGAAAUAAAUAGUGUUUUAAAAACA